AUGCGAUCAGAAUGCAAGUAUGAAGUAUUUAUUAACGAAGUUAAGGAAUUUGCAAAUUUUAAUAACGUGCCAGAAAAAGACUUUAAAGAAAUGAGAAAAAGGACGAGAAAGUUACUUGCAGGAGAAACUCCAGAUGAUAAUUCAAAUGUUUCUUCUAUGGUUCAAUUUAAAAUUAAGACAUAUUAUGCUGCUCUUGAUAAAAUAACAAUGUCAUUACAUGAAAGAUUUAGUCAAUCACAAGAAAUACUAAAAGAUUUGGCAAUAUUAAAUCCUGAUCGUUUAAUGGCGAAAGUUUCACAAAAUCUGCCAAUUGAUUGUUUUCAACACAUUUCACUGUGGCUUGAAAACAUCAAUACUGACCAACUUAGGACAGAAUAUAUUCAAUUUAAAAAUAAUAUUUAUGAACUUAUAAAUGGAUUAGAAUUACCUACUGAGAUUCAUGACGACACUAGCAAAUAUGGACUUGACUCAGCCUUUCCUAAUUUGCACGUUGCGUAUAGAGCUCUGGCAACAAUUCCAGCAUCAUCUGCAUCAGCCGAAAGAUCUUUUUCAAAGCAGUAUGAACAACUUAUGAAGAUUAUUGUAGUUGCUUAA